AUGUGCUUCUUGCGCUACCUGCCCGUUACCUCCGCAGCUGAGACGCUAAAGUCCGCCAUCGCCGGUGGGCACCUGGGUGGUGACGAUGACUCGGGCGCCAUCUGCGGUUUUGGCUUAGACUCGUCCGGCAUUAGCUUUCGCCCCGAGCUGUUCACUCAUAUGUACCUCGAGGGCGAGAAACGCGGAGUUCCACGAACCGCGCACGGCGAUGAGGAAGGCGACCCAACAUAUAUUUCUGGUGCAUUAGACUCCCUACACGCCGAGCACGGAGUCCGCUUGGAGACGAGGAGCUGCUUCGCCGUUUAA